AAGAACCGCAUACAGGAGUUGCAAGCCCAGGUGCAAACGGCUAAAACUACGUAUGCAACAGCUUUGCGUAAUCUUGAACGCAUUAGUGAUGACAUACACCGUCAGCGUGGCGAUUUCUCAGAUAUGAAUGCACCACCACCAGGACCACGUGAACCCGGUGUUGGUGCUGAAUUAAAUUCGCCAACAUUAACUACAUUACCGCCUUUGCCAGACUUUAAACGUGAAUUAGAAAAAUGUGACUAUCCUUCUAUUGCAAGUAGCCAAGUUUCGCUUGGAAAUUUCUCGCAUCGUUCAAGUGAUUUAGAUAAUAAUGCAAUGAAUUCUUUCGCUACUAUGGACGAUUCUGAAGGAGAGGAAAACGAAGCUGAUUAUAUAGAUAGCAAUGAUUUAAUGGAAGUUGUUGACGAAAGUGAUCUCGAAGCGUUGCGUCAAAAGGUCAAAAUCCUUGCUGUACGUCCAAUAGAAGGUGGCGAUGGACAACAAGAGCAAAAUGAUAUGUGGGAACACGAAUUAAAUGCUACAGUUAAUAAAUUGGAUCAUUUAAUGUUGUUGAAAGAAUGUGCAAACAAUCAACAACAUAUACAAAAACAACAACAAAAUAUAAGACCCGAUUCUUUAGGAGCUGAAUCAAUAAAGCCCACUAAUCAAAAUAAAGGACCAUUAAUCAAAAUUACUUCCAGCACAAAUGCAACAAGUAUGCCGGUUACUCCUGAGCAUAGUGUGCAACCUUUGAAAAAACUAAAUAAACUAGAACCUCUGCCAUCGGUUAAUGUAUCAAUGCGUGAGCUGCCUUUAUUAGCACGACUGUCAACAGAAGUAUUGGAUCGUACGGUCAUAUCCAGCACACAACGAAGGCGUUCAUUAGAUUAAUGUAAAUAAUAUUUAUUAUAUUUGUAAAAUUUUACUAGAAUUAUUAAAAUUUAAAAUUAUUCUUAAAGAGCAUUACAGUUAAAGAGAUUGAUAAGAAUAUAAUAUUCAGUUUAAAAAUGAAAAAGAGUAAAUAUAAA